AGCGGCGGCUUCUAGGGGCCGAGGAAGGGGAGGGGGCGCCGGUGAUGGUGCCGGCGCUGCGUUUCCUGGGGGGCGCCUGCGGACGGGCCCGCGGGGCUCUCCCCGGGGGCUUCCCCAGAAGCUCAUUUGACAUCAUCAUAGUUGGUGGUGGAAUUGUGGGACUUGCCUCGGCUAGAGCACUCAUCCUACGACAUCCAGCACUUUCGAUUGGCAUUCUGGAAAAGGAGAAAGAUUUAGCUGUUCAUCAGACUGGACAUAACAGUGGUGUCAUACAUAGCGGAAUUUAUUAUAAACCCCAGUCUCUAAAAGCCAAAUUAUGUGUACAAGGCGCAGCUCUCAUCUAUGAGUACUGUAACAAAAAGGGAAUUUCCUACAAGCAAUGUGGCAAGCUUAUAGUAGCUGUUGAGCAAGAAGAAAUCCCCAGACUUCAGUCCCUAUAUGAGAGAGGGCUGCAGAAUGGGGUCCAGGGCCUGAGGCUGAUCCAGCAGGAGGAUAUAAAAAAGAAGGAGCCAUAUUGUAGGGGUCUAAUGGCUAUUGAUUGUCCAUAUACUGGCAUUGUGGACUAUCACCAGGUGGCUCUGUCAUUUGCCCAAGAUUUCCAAGAAGCAGGUGGCUCUGUCUUGACCAAUUUUGAAGUAAAUGAUAUUGAAAUGGCUAAAGAAAGCCCUUCAAGAAGUAAAGAUGGAAUGAAAUAUCCGAUUGUUAUAAAGAAUACAAAGGGAGAGGAAAUUCGAUGUCGGUAUGUUGUGACAUGUGCAGGCCUUUACUCAGACCGUAUUUCAGAGUUGAGUGGCUGCAAUCCCAAUCCUCGAAUUGUGCCAUUCCGGGGAGAUUACCUGCUCCUGAAGCCAGAAAAAUGCUAUCUCGUAAAAGGAAAUAUUUAUCCGGUCCCAGAUAGCCGGUUUCCUUUCCUGGGAGUUCACUUCACACCAAGGAUGGAUGGCAGUAUUUGGCUAGGGCCUAAUGCAAUUCUUGCCUUUAAGCGGGAGGGUUACAGACCCUUUGACUUCAGUGUCAGAGAUGUUGUGGAUAUAAUUAUCAAUAGUGGCUUGAUUAAACUGGCAUCCCAGAAUUUCUCCUAUGGAGUUAAUGAAAUGUAUAAAGCCUGUUUUCUUGGUGAGACGGUGAAGUACCUUCAAAAGUUCAUCCCCGAAAUUACUAUCAGUGAUAUACUUAGAGGUCCUGCUGGAGUAAGAGCCCAAGCCCUUGAUAGAGAAGGAAAUCUGGUAGAAGAUUUUGUAUUUGAUGGAGGAGUUGGGGAUAUUGGAAAUCGAAUUCUUCAUGUGAGAAAUGCACCUUCCCCUGCUGCCACUUCUUCCCUUGCAAUUUCUGCAAUGAUUGCAGAUGAAGUGCAGCAAAGGUUUGGAUUGUAAAUAGUUUUAAAAGUUAGGUAGUCAUCCUAAUCUCCAUGCCAGCAACAACAGUGUACUAAUUGUAUCCUUUAAUUCUAAGAAAAUGGUUUUUAAAAUCUCAUUUCUAGUUUGGUGUGGUGGCUCACACCUGUCAUUCCAGCACUUUGGGAGG